CACACCGAUCAGAGUUAGACCGUUCGGAAUCACCAAACGGUGAGCCGAGGCAACGUCACCUAGUUGCCGUUCAUUCGAAAUAACAAUUCGAGACUCGAUUCAUUCGAGUCUCGAGUCAUUCGCUCAGUUAUCGCGAGUGCUUUGUUGCGGAAAGACGUUUUUUACGAGCGCGGUUGCACAACGCUAACAUUCGCGAUGUCGCGCGUAUAUCAACCAUCUGACUAUGUCGUUGAAAAGUCCCGUGUACCAUCUUUUGACAAAUAUAAAGAAAUGCACAAAAAGUCUUUAGAGGACCCUGAAGCGUUUUGGUCAGAAAUAGCAAACGAGUUUCAUUGGCAAACACCGCCGCAGCCGGGCAAUUUCCUCUCGUACAACUUCGAUAUAAAUAAGGGGGACAUUUUCAUUAAAUGGAUGGAAGGUGCUGUAACCAACGUCUGCUUUAACCUCCUAGAUCGGAACGUGAGGAAUGGGCAUGGGGACAAGAUUGCGUAUUACUGGGAGGGCAACCAUCCUGAUGACUACAGUCGGGUUACGUACAAGAAGUUGAUGGACCAAGUAUGCCAAUUUGCUAAUGCACUGCGUGACAGUGGUGUCGGCAAAGGAGAUCGAGUAUCCAUCUACAUGCCAAUGAUCUUGGAAACAAUUGUAUGCAUGCUGGCAUGCGCUAGAAUUGGUGCUAUACAUUCCGUUGUGUUCGCUGGAUUUUCUUCUGAUUCACUGGCCGAGCGUAUGGCCGAUUGCAAAGCGAAAGUGUUGGUAACGUCAGAUGGUGCUUGGCGUGGGCAGAAGUUGCUCAUUUUGAAGAACAUCUGUGACGAAGCUCUAGAGAAGGCGAAGAGCCUUCAUGACCAUAGCGUUCAGAUGUGUAUUGUCGUGUCCCAUCUCAAUAGGGUUACUCCUUGUGGUAAACUACCCGAUGAUAUUAAGACGUUGUACAAAUGGGACGACGACCGGGACGUCUGGUGGCAUGACCUGGUAGAGGGGCAGUCAACUAUUUGUCCUCCGGAGUGGAUGGAUGCAGAAGAUCCUCUAUUCAUGUUGUACACCAGUGGUUCAACUGGUAAACCGAAAGGUGUUUUGCACACGACUGCUGGCUACCUGGUCUACGCUACCACUACCUUUCGGUACGUGUUCGACUACCGCGACAAGGACAUCUUUUGGUGCACUGCAGAUGUGGGCUGGAUCACUGGACACACAUAUGUUGUGUAUGCACCUUUGGCCAAUGCAGCAACAUCUGUAAUUUUCGAAGGAACUCCGUUCUAUCCUGAAAACGAUCGGUACUGGUCGCUGGUGGACAAGUACAAAGUGAGCCAGUUCUAUACUGCGCCAACCGCCAUCAGGUCUCUCACCAAAUUUGGUGACCACUAUGUUAAAAUGCAUAACUUGAAGAGUCUUCGAGUCUUGGGCAGUGUUGGUGAACCAAUAAACCCAGAAGCGUGGUUAUGGUAUUACAAUCUGAUUGGUGGCGGCCGUUGUUCUAUUGCUGACACGUUUUGGCAGACGGAGACUGGUGGACAUGUCCUCACUAGUCUACCUGGUGCCACGCCCAUGAAACCAGGGGCAGCAGGUUUCCCAUUCUUCGGUGUUGAACCCAAUCUUUUAGACGAAAACGGAAAGCUGAUUGAAGGCCCCGGAGAAGGUUAUUUAGUGUUCUCUAGACCCUGGCCAGGCAUCAUGAGGACACUAUUUGGCGACCACGGUCGUUAUGAGAAAGUCUAUUUCUCCAAAUUUCCAGGAUACUACUGCACAGGAGAUGGGGCUAGAAGAGACGAAGAUGGAUUUUUAUGGGUGACAGGCCGCAUAGAUGACAUGCUUAAUGUAUCUGGACAUCUCAUGUCCACUGCUGAGGUAGAAGGCGUUUUAACAGAAGAACCUAGAGUCUCGGAAGCAGCAGUCGUUUCUAAGCCUCACCCUAUAAAGGGAGAGUCGUUGUAUUGUUUCGUUAUACUGAACGAGGGAGCAAAAUUUGAUGACAACUUGGUGGCUUGCUUGAAGAAACUCGUAAGGCAAAGGAUUGGUGCCUUUGCAGCUCCUGAUGUAAUUCAGUAUGCACCUGGCCUGCCCAAAACUAGGUCAGGCAAAAUCAUGCGUAGAAUACUUAGAAAAGUGGCUCUCGGGGACAAGGAUAUAGGAGACACGUCGACAUUGGCAGACCCAGGAGUUGUUGACGAGCUUUUCAAAAAUAGGCCAUAAUGUGAUUUAGAAUUAUCUACUUGAAUUUAGAUGGCAAUUGUCGACUUUUUGUUCCUAAUUUAUUUAUUAGGCAUUUAUGAUUUUAAUUCCUUGAUGCAUACGUAAACAUUUUUUUUUCGAUAAGAUCCGUCCGCUUCAAUUCAGUAGUAUAUUAAAGGAAAUCUCUUACGUAUAUUUUAUUUGUCAUUUACCUAUUAUUUCUUUAUGCCGGUUUAAUUCAAUCGCGCAUUGCGAUUUAAUAUUUAUAAUUGAUUUGGAUAUUUUUAUUCUGUGAAAAUAUCGACAAGUUUCUGAAUAAUCGAUGAGUCUGUGCGUGAAUGUGGGGAAAUCCAUUAUUAUGUUAGAAUGGGAGUAAAUGGUAUUUUGUGGUGGUACCUGUCAACCUCAAACGAAAAUGGUGUGAGUUUUUUUUUAUGAUAAUUUAUUGCGUAGCUAAACCUCAGCACAACUGUAAACAAUUGAAUCGCUAUGAAUAUAUUUCGUAAUUAGUUAUGGCGUUGAUCGACCCAAUGGCAAUCCAUAGUACGUAUUUGUAAAACGAAUUCUUCUACAUGAAUACCAAUGAGCUAGCCUUAUAAGUUUCUUACGAAAUUCGGCUCACUGCGUUGUCGUUAGAGCUAAUAUUACAGGCAUAUUGCUGGUAGAGCAACAAGCAAUCAAUACAGGUCACUAAUACUUGGCAAAUAUUUAGUUUAUUGUAAAAUACCUAUAUUUUGGACUAUAAUUGGUUUUGAUUAUAAAUAUUGAUAUAUUUUCGUUAUUUUUUUUAAUAUAUUACUUUUGUAUAUUACUUAUACAUAUUAAUAUAGGGAUAUAUAUUGUUCUAAAUAUGAUACCGAAUGAUGAUUUUUGAAUUAAUCAUGUUUUUAAUAGUAUUAAUGCAAAUUGAUAAGUAUCUAAUAAAAUAUCUUGACUGCAAAAUUUUUAUUUACCUGCCAUUUAUCAUAACAGAAAAAAAAAAUUGAAAUAUAGUGGCAUCCAUUGUAAUUAAGUUUUUUCCUAUCUUUGAAUUAUGCUUAAAUACAUAAUCUCGUUACUUAUUCCUAGACGAACCUUGUGAAAAGUAAAAGCAUCCUAUUAGCUGUGUACCUUUUAAAGUGUUCUUUGCCUGAAGUGCAUAAGUCUGUAAUUAAAUUAUAAUAUUUUAAAUAGUUGAUCGCAUAUAAAUAUGUGUUAUACAUAGGUGUAAAUGAUUUAGGAUAAUAUACUGUACAGAGUGUCACAGAAAGGGCAUUCAAAUUCUUCGUUGAUAUAUUAAGAAACUGAAUAAAUUUAUCCACGUCUGUCAACGAACAGGACGAAAGUCUGAAAAGGAAAACUGGUUCUUUACACAAGCUGUGCUCUUUUUUUAUUGUUUUAAUGUCUAUGAAUUGUUACAAUUGAUUUACUGAAUUUUUUUUUUGUGUCAUAGUAUGUAUAGUACCUACUGAUUAGUAUAGAUGGAAUUAAUUGCCAAUGACCAGUAUGCAUUACACAGUUAUAUUUUUGUGCAUUGGAAAAAGGUAUUUAGUUUCGCUUAUAUUAUUGCUAAAUUUCUCAAUGUUUUGCCCUUUCCGUUAUGCCUUGUAAGUAUAUAUACCUAAUUGUAUCGACUUCGUUUAACUUAAUAAGUGUUGCACAAUGUUUUUAAAAUGUGGUAUACAUUUUUUUACUGAAUACUAUUUUUGUUGUAUAUGUAAUGUUUAUCGGUUACUUUAGAAUUGGCUGUGAACAUUCUUUGCCAUUAUUUGUGUAAACAGAUCGUAAAAUAGAUUUUAUUAUGACAUAAAAAUAUUCUUAAGUUCAGUUGUAUCUGUUUAAAAAUGUUUUAGUACAAAUUGUAUGUAAUAUAUUUUUUUUUUCAAUCGAGAAUUGUUGAUUAAAUUAUAAAGAAAACUAAAUAUAUAAAAUGUAUUUAGUUGUUUGGCCUCUGUGAGAGCAAUUUUGUUGAGAAGAUAAUUCCUUGAAAAUAUUUAGCAUUCCGAAUAGACUACCUUUUAUUGUAGAAAUAAUGUCAAUAGUUUAGAUAAUAUGCUUGUUAUUUUGUCAAAAUAUAAUGUUAUUUGAUAUUAUAUUAUUCUUGUUGUAUGUGACUGUGGUAAAAAUUGCCUAAAACUUUUGUUUUUGUUACAUAAAAUCGUAAAUAUAUGUAGUAGCUAGGAUGUAACAUAUUUGUUUACUUUCUUAGGCAUUUUUUUUAAAAAAAAAAUUGAUAAUUACGUUCAAGGAUAUAUUUCUGAGAAAUAUGUCACUGAGAGUAGUAUCAAAUAUUUAUAUUCUCAAUUCUAACUCGAUUAUUGUCUACCCAUAAAACAUUUGUUAUUAUUAUUCCUUAACACCUCGUUUGCAUUAUUCCAGUAGCAUUAAGUACAAUUCUUGAUGAUAUUAUUGUAGUUACAUAACAGUCAAGUAUCAUAACAGUCUUCAAAAGGGGGUAAAGAGGUUUCUUCAGGGUCGGUAACGUGCGCGUAAUACCUCUGGUAUUGCAGGUGUUCAUAGGCUACGAUAACCGCUUACCAUCAGGCGGGCCGUAUGCUUGUUUGCCACCUCAGUGGUAUAAAAAAAGUAGUGAUGUACUGGAUCGUUAAUCGUUCUUUUCAAUGGAUGCCAACGGUAAUCCCCUCUGCGUUAUUGGCAUAUGCUGGCAGGGCAUUAGUGGCGGAUGGUUGAUAAGAAUAAAAGCAGGUCUUACCCAUUACGAGUUCAUCAAAAAUUUAUCAUGACAGUUUCUAAGGGGAACAGAGUGUAUAUGUAUGGAUAUCAACCUAUUGCUGUCAAUGGGCCCGCUAGUCCCUAUUACUAACAAUUCCUUAUCCUUCAUGAAACAAAACAUUGUGUUAUACAAAUUAUAUUUCGAGUUGUACUGUGCGCGUUUUUUUUUAAUUGAAAUAACAUGGAAUAGCACAGAUUAUGUUUAUAUGUUAAGAGUAGUAUUCCUUUAAAUAGUAAAACAAUAUCUAAAAGAAGUUUAGAUUUAAUAUUAAAAAUAUUUUUUUUUAUUAAAAGGAUACAGAUAUCGAUAUACGGUACAUCACUUGACUGCUACUGGGAAAAUGUAAAUCAGACAUUAAAUUUUCUUAUUGUAAUGCCUUAAUAUUUGUAUCCUUAGAUAGUAGAUGACCUAAAAUCUGACUACAUUUUAUAAUAUGAGAACACUAAUUCAGUUUAUAAAUUACAAUUUCGUCAUGGGUAAAUGACGUUAAUUUUAGUGAUAAUUAUGGACGGCAAAGGUAAGGACAAUUAUUUUAUAUAUUCAUGAUAGCAUAUAUCGUCAUAGUCGUAGAAUACCGACGGAUAUUUAUAUGUAAUAUUUGUCAGAUCCGUCAGUAUUCUACGACUAUGACGAUAUGCGCAGUGCAGUAUAAAGUUAGAUCCAAAUCGAUUAAAAAAUAAGGACCCUGUAAACAAAGUUGCAAUCCCUUUGGAGUAUCUCUCCAGUGCGCUCCAUAUAAAUCACAGGACUUGCCAAUUUGUUAAUAAUUAAUCAAUUUUGAUAAUAAUUUGUAGACAAAAUUUAAAUAUAAAUUAAAAAUUUUGAGGGAAAUAAGGUGGGGUAGUUGGUGCGGGGGUAACGGCGAAUUCGGACGCCACUAAUGGUGCCUUUCGCGGCAUCAUUAGACAUAGUGUCUCUAAUCUGUGGAUGCGGCGCGAAAUGUGGGAAGUUUAUAUGAAUUUUACGAAUACUUAUUAUAUGGUAGCUAUUUAACGCUUUUUGUCGGAUGUUUUUUUUUUUCAUACACAGAGAUGGUUUACCUCCUUACCUUUACCCUCCAUAGUAAUAUUGUAAGUAGGUACCCAAAUACUUGUUUAUAUGAAAUAUAUGAAAAAUAAUACAAUAUUGUAAGAAAAUAUUUUUAAAUCUCUGUUCAAACAUUUUUGGUGCUUAUUGUGUAAUUAUUAUAAUUUUCUAAUAAAUAUAUAGUUUUUUUUAUUUGUUUUCAAGUUCCAUUAUUUAGAUGCACAGUAAUAAUAAUAUUAAAGUUGUUGUUCUAUUUAAAUAUGCGAUUGAUGUAGGAAAUGUACUUAACUGCACUUAUUUGUGAUGCACAAUAUACAUAUAUUAGGUAUAUACAGUGAAACCUGGUUAAGUGGGCCGUGGGUAUGUGAGAAACCUCGGCUAUUUAUACUUACAAUGAGGUCCCGACACAUUUGCAUUGAAAGAUCUUUGUCACAAGAAUUUUUUAAACCUUGUCAAUUGAGGUUUGAAAGCUUAGCUUUUACGAUGUUUACUGGAUUGGAACUUUGUCGUCCAGGUUUGGGCAAGUUAUAAUACGUUUUUUUACAAAUAUUUCAAUUUCUUCUAUACUCACUUUGUUUUUCAAUACUAUCUAAGUGUUUGUAUCGAAACGAAAGUAUAAUUCGUUAACAGCCGCUGAUAAAAUUGUUAUUGGAUUAUGAUAGUGGAAAGUCGCGUGACGUACUAUACACUAUAAUUAAUUUACAAAAGUCAACUCUUUAUAUAAUUAUUUAAAAUAAGAAGAAAACUUGUUAUCAGUAGAUUGACGGAAAAGGAAAACUAUAACGAAUACGACCAGCAGAGUAUCCGAAACUUGAAAAUGUCUCUCAACAUGGAUAAAAAAGGUACGGAAUAAAAAUAUUCCUAUAAUUAAGACAACUGUCAUUUUAAACCUACCUAUUUGGGGAACUGGAUGAAUGAGAAAUCUUUAUAAAUGAUAAAAAAUACUAGGUCCCUUGAGAUCCAGUUAUACAGGUUUCAUUGUAAUUAAUAUCAUAUACUUGUUGUCGACGUAUACUUUCUUCUAUUUAUACCUAUUAAGAGAGUAUAUAUAUUCUAUGGAUAAGUAUAAAAUACAUCAUUAUAUACAUAUAGCCAGCAAUAAAUGUGUCUACAAGAAAACUUGAUAUACUAAAUUUUAAGCUUUGCCUCUAUUUAAGACUUUAUUUAUACCUAAAUAUACUUAAAAUAUAUCCAUAUGUACUUAUUAAACAUUUAUAGUACUUAGUACAUGAGUUGUAUAUUCUUAUAUAUAUAUCUGUUGGCACAAUAUACGUAGUUAUACUUAUGUGGGCUUCAUUUUGUGCUUUUGCAGUAGGUAUAUAUGCUGGUGCAUAAAUGCUGGUGCGAAAAUAUUAAUUAUUUUUGGAUAGUAAAUAUAUAGUCAAGCUUGUUGGAAUGGUUACAGUAAACAAUAGCGCACUUACUGCCUGCUACAAAUAAUAUUUUUAUACUGCCUUGUUUUUUAUGUUAUAUCUAAUUUAAGAAAAUAGAAAGAAAGAAUGACAUUUAAUUUUUUGAUGAAACACUCAAUUUAAUCCUCUCGUCUUUUCAGUUCCCUUUAAUUCAAUAAUUAAUGACAAAUAUGAUUGUAAUGCAUUGUUUAAUAUAUUACCUAAAGAUUAUCCAAAUAAAGUUAUUUAAAUGAAAAGGGUUAAAUGAAAUUGUACUCGAAACUAUAUGCCUACCUACUUUCAUGUACCUACUAAUAUAAAUAACAUCGCAAUAAUUGUUAGCCGAUUAUGUUACGUCUAUUCAUUUGUUAAACAAACUAUUUAAUCUAAUAUAUGUCUUCGUAUGUUAUUGUGUAGGUAAAUAGUUAGGUGCAACUUUUUUUGAGAAAGUCUCGUGAAAAGUUAGUCAUAUUUUUUGAUGUAGUAUGUUAUUAGAAUGACUAACUUGUAUCUACACUAAGAAAAUAUAUUUAUAGUAGGUGUGUUACAACAGGGACCUAGAAUCAUUCUGAUUGGACGAACAUACAGUUGAUAAAAAUACGUUGAGGUAAAAUAGGUACUAGACAACGUAAUUAUUUAAUAAUGUUACAUUAGAAGCUGGUAAAUUAGAAGUCACAAAGAUAAUUUAUGAAAAAUAUCUCGGUGUUUUAUUACAAAUCAAGCGACAUUGACAUCAGUAAGGUACAUGUAUGACUUAGUCGAGAUACUCUUAGAUCCUGAUUUAUUUCUUUAAAUAAACUGUUAAGUUCUGAAUUACACAAACAUCUCUAAAUAGACCUUUAUAAGAUGCUCAAUUUCUUGUAUGUACCUAAUAAAACAUUUAUAGUAUCGAAUUUUAUAAUUAUUAUUAUACUAUUAAAAUUCAAAAAUAUGUGUAUACAAAUGGGAAUAGGUUUAUUAAGGUGUUUACAUAAUUUUGAUAAACUUUUUUUUAUUAUAGGUAAUAAUGCCCUGUUAUUUGAAGCGUAUGAUACUUUUAUAUAUUCGGUUUUAUGUUCAUAAGUACGUGUUUAUUUUUAAUAAUGAAUAUAUAAUGUACCUAAUGUUGCCGAUAUUAGCGUUGCUUAUUUAAAAAUUUAAGAGUAUUGCGAAGGACAUUAUUUACCGACGAAUAUUUUAUACAUGGUGUAGCAAAAAGAAUACCUAACAAUCUGAAAACUAACAAGUGACGUUCAAGAAGGUGAACAACUUUAUACAAGAAUGGAUCGGUAACAAAAACAUUUGAAUCUUCAGACUAGUUCACGUGAAUUGUCUGAAGAAACAUAUUUUUAUUUCAACCUUCGAGCUUGUUUACGGUAAGUUGUUCAUUUUAUUGAAUGCUAAUGUUGGAUUUCAAAGAUAUAUCUAGAUAGUGUCGAGUGUCAAAAACUGUUGCAAACAUUUCUUGCAAACAUGUCUUGUCAGCGCGUACGAAAACCUCAAAGUAAAAUAUUGUUAACAUAGCAAAUAUAAAUAAAUUAUAUGAGGACUUAUAUGCUAAAAAAAUACUACUUACUAGAUUGAGCAAUAUUAAAAAUACGCCAUUUUCUAUCAAAACAAGUCAAUCAGGCAGUUUUUGGCGAAAAUAAAUUCUAUCUAGAUGUUUUAGACCUAAAAUUUCAGACUGUUGUAUCCUUUCUGCUGUACCCGAUAAAAUUGUACCCACUGACUUGUUUUCAUCGAUGUCUAUAAACAUUACCAGAGGAAUAAAAAAAUAUUGGCACUAAAUUUGUGUAGUGAUUUAGCCGGUAAGGGAUGUUAUUGUGAUUGUAUGUUGAAACGAACAUAUCAUUGAAAGUGAUUAAAUAAUAAUGCUAUUGAAAUGGGU